UCUAGGGUUCGAAUCAAUUACUUUAAUUAUUCUCAAAUCUCUCUCUCUCCCAUUCAUAUAUAUAUAUUUUUUUUAAUCCCAAAUUAAUUCGUCGUUCAUUUCGAUUUCUCGCGCGAUAUCCCCAGGCAACUCUCAAAGCGAGCAAUUCGCAUGUGCUCUUCACCUACUGAGUUACCUCGGCGUGGCUAACCAUUUAGGGUAGGGAUAGAUGGCUUCUUCAGUAAUGAAGGCAAUAGCAGAAAAGGCGGGGCCUUCUGUGCGUAAGCAAGCCUUAACGUUGACGGAUGCUGCUGCCAAGCGCGUACGCCAUCUCCUCAGCCUUCGCCAGCGCCCGUAUCUUCGGCUUGGUGUCAAGGCUCGUGGAUGCAACGGCUUAUCCUACACACUCAACUAUGCUGAUGAAAAGGGGAAGUUUGACGAGCUGGUGGAGGACAAGGGCGUGAAGAUACUAAUCGAUCCGAAAGCUCUAAUGCACGUGGUCGGAACCAAGAUGGAUUUCGUUGACGAUGCACUGAAGUCAGAGUUUAUAUUCAUCAACCCUAAUUCGAAAGGGCAGUGUGGUUGCGGCGAGUCCUUUAUGACGGGGAGCAACGUCCAGAGUUCCCAAUCGGGAGGUUCGUAGUAUAGCUGACGAGCAGCCGAAGAUUAACAACUAAAAGGUUCUGCAGUUGUCCAACAAUUUGUUAACUGUUCGAACCGACAAGCUAGCAAGAUCCAGCGGGGCCACGAAGUCGAAGAUAGUAACUCUUCAUGCAUCUUUACUAAUGAUCAAGCUUGCUGCCAUGUUAUCUGGGUUGUAACCUUUUUUUUGUUCUUUUUUUGGCAUUGAUUGUUGUACAAUUUCAUUGCUUGGUGUUCCAAACAUUCUGAAGCAACACAUGUCAGCAUAAGAAACAUGAAGCAUGAAAAAGAAGCAAAAGCAUUCAUCUGGGCAUGAGAAGAUAUUGUAUCUUAUAUAUUAUUUUGGUGUUGUUUUCUUGUGAAAAUGUUAUAAGGACAUUUUGCAUAUAUGGAUUGUUACAAUGGACUUAAACCAGA